AUGCAAGACGUUCCAAUCAAAAUGUCACGUAGGAGAGGGCCCUCGGUUAAACGAUUAUCUUGUCUGCAUGGACAAGAUGAGGAAAACGAGUAUGGCAUGGAGUCGAGAGCUGGCGGCGAGAGAAUGCGAUCAGAAAUGAUGUUAGUCAAGUCGACGAUAGCGAAUUUCGAAAGCAAGCUGAAUCAUCUGUUGAUGUCCAGUGACAAAGAACGCCAGCUUACAGAUCUCAACGAAGAACUAAAGGACGAGAAUCGCGAAUUAAAACGGGAAAAUAAGAGACUUGACAGAAACAACCGGGAGUGGGAAAAGCAGUUAAUCGUAGCCACGAAUAAUUACAAAAACCUAACUGAAAAACACACGUCUGCAACAGAAAUGGUGAACGUUCUUAACGAAAAAGUGAAAGAUCUGACGGAAAUCGUAGAAAAACACAAGAAAGAGAGAGUUGACCUUCAGCAAGAAAUAAAAAUUCUGAAAGACACGGCCAACAGUCUCAAUUCACAGCUACAGACAAUGGACAGCGGCGAGGUCAUUUGUGAACGACAGCAAGACAAGCUCCGAGAAGAGAAGCGAAGGUUACACAUGCUGAUGAAACAAAAUGAGAUUACCCAUACCAAGUUGCGCGACAAACUGCUAAAGAGACCAGAACAUAUUGCAUCUGAAACCAAAGUAAUGAAGCUCGAGAUGAAACUGUUUCGUCGUAAUAAAUUAAUAGAAGUCCUGAUGGAGAGACUUAAGUCGUGUGCCCCUGAGUUCUCCAUGUUCCACGACUCAGAGAUUGCAAGUUACAUUGAUGAUGACCUGCCGCAAGAGGUCCAGUUGUCAGAAUGUGAUGACGUGUCCCAGACUAGCUCCGAGGCACAGUUAACACUGUAA